AUGAUGAAGAAGAAACCAGAGGGAGCCGAGCCAAAAGAAGCUCUACAAGCCGAUGAUGAUGAAGAAGACAUUCGACCCGCACAAGCCACCGAUACAUUCUUUAGUGCCGCAUUCUUCAAUGAAGCAUGUGCCCAAUAUUGGGACAGUGACGACGACGACGACGAGAAAGAGCCACAUUUCUUGCAUGUUUGUGACAAGAUUGCCAAACUGGGGAAUACCGCUGUCUUGCAGUGGGCCCGUCGAGAAAGAUUCCCGUGGAGUCGGACGUGUGCGUCUGCUGCCUACGGUGGUCACUUGGAGCUUCUCCAAUGGGCACGGGACAACGACUGUCCCUGGGACGACAGUACCUGCGGUCAUGCUGCCAUGAAUGGACAUUUAAAUGUGCUCCAAUAUGCACAUGAAAACGGAUGUCCCUGGGAUGAUAAUACCUGCAUUUGGGCUGCCAAGGGUGGGCACUUGGAUGUGCUGAAGUAUGCCCAUGAACACGGUGCUCCGUGGGAUGAGGAGACAUGUGCCUAUGCUGCCUAUGGAGGACAUUUGGAUGUACUCCAAUGGGCACACAUUGAGAAAAACUGCCCCUGGGAUGCCAGAACGUGUGCCAUGGCCGGCAAGGGUGGACGAUUGAAUGUGUUGCAAUGGGGUGGCCAUGUGGACAUACUGAAAUGGGCUCGUGCCAAUGGUUUUGCCUGGGAUCAAGAAACGUGUGGAUAUGCUGCCUAUGGAGGCCAUUUGGAUGUACUGAAAUGGGCCCAUGCCAAUGGCUGUCCUUGGGAUGCCAGAACCUGCAAUUUGGCGGCCAAGGGUGGCCACUUUGCCAUUUUAAAGUGGGCCCGACGAAAUGGUUGUCCAUGGAAUGAGUCCACCUGCAUUUGGGCGGCCAAUGGCGGGCAUUUUGAAAUUCUGAAAUGGGCUCAUGCCCAUGGUUGUCCUUGGGAUGCCAGGACAUGUGCCUUUGCGGCCAGAAGUGGACAUUUUCAAAUAUUGCAAUGGGCCCACCAACAUGGCUGUCCCUGGGAUGCCGACACCUGUGCAGGCGCAGCAGAAGGUGGACAUUUGGAGAUUCUAAAAUGGGCCCAUGCACGCAACUGUCCUUGGGAUGAAGAAACCUGCCAAAUGGCCAAGGAAAACGGACAUCCAGAAGUUCUGCACUGGGCUAGAGCCAAUGGAUGUCCCGAGAGUUAUUAG